GUUUUCAGAAGUGUAUGUGGUCCGACCACUUUUGACUUAAUAUCAAGUAGGGGCAGGAUGGAAUCAUAUAAAAAGCCCAAUAAACCACAGGAUUAGUCAAUCUAACGAUAAGCGACAAUACACAGCUGAAUCUCAUGGACGAGUUAAAGUUUAGAAGUGUGGACCUGCAACAACUUUCAAACCAGGUCAGCCACCGGACAGACGGUCUGAGUUCCAGCACGCUGGUUCUGCGGAGAGGACAGUCCUUUCUUAUUCAAUUGAAAUUCGAUGGAAGGCCAUUUAAUUCACGGCAGGACAAACUGAUCUUCAAAGUAAUUUUAGGUUCGUUAUCUGUCCAGAUCCCCAUCUCUGUUUCUGAACAGCCUUCUCAAUGGAGCGCAGUUAUCAAACAGGGUGUACCCAGCCUGAAUUCAACCAACGCGUUAUCGGUGUUGCUUUUCAGCCCUGCGUCUGCUCCUAUUGGGGUUUACACCCUCAGUCUUACAAUCGAGACUCGCACAAGUGUAAAAAAAACACACCCGCUCGGCCAGUUCACAUUACUCUGCAACCCCUGGAACAAAGCUGAUUCAGUGUACAUGUCCUCUGAGGAUCUGAGAAUGGAAUAUGUGAGGAAUGAUUACGGAGUGGUGUUCAAAGGCUCAGCGAAUAACAACUCUGGCAGACCGUGGUCUUUUGAUCAGUAUGAAAAGGGGAUAUUGGACAUUUGUAUGAAGCUGUUUCAAUUGAGUCCUCAAUAUCAAGCCGAUGUGAACAGAGAUGUACUCAAAUUCUCUGACCCCAUUUACAUCAGCAGAGUGAUUUCAGCAAUGGUAAACUCUCCGGAUGAUAAGGGUGUGAUAGUGGGGAACUGGUCAGGGGACUAUAAAGGUGGUGUUAACCCCUCAAAUUGGUCCGGCAGCGCUGAUAUUCUUAAGCAGUGGUCACAAACGCAGUUUAGGCCUGUCAAAUUUGGACAGUGUUGGGUCUAUGCUGCAGUUAUGUGUACAGUAAUGAGAGCCCUUGGCAUCCCAACUCGUGUGGUCACCAACUUUAACUCUGCCCACGACACAAAUGGAAACUUGGAGAUUGAGGAGUACUACACGGAGACGGGCGAGAAACUGUCACUCAGCCGGGACAGCAUUUGGAAUUUUCAUGUGUGGGUAGAGUGCUGGAUGAAGAGGCCUGAUCUGGGUCAAGCGUACGACGGUUGGCAGGUUCUCGACCCAACACCCCAAGAGCGGAGCGCAGGAAUUUAUCGUUGUGGCCCUGCAUCAGUGAAAGCAGUUCGUGAAAAGAAAGUGGAGGCGGCGUACGACGUGCCGUUUGUCUACGCAGAAGUGAACGCAGAUGUGCGUACGAUGAUCACAAGAAAUGGAAGGAUAUUAAGAACCAUAAUGGACACUAAGAGAGUCGGAGCCCUGAUUUGCACCAUGAAGCCAGGAUCAAUGAAAAUGCAGAAUAUCACCUCAGAAUAUAAAAAUGAGAGAGAUUUUUCCAUGCUUCCCGCCGCUGCCGGAGGGCCUGGCGGAGAGUCUAUUAGGGGAAUGGCCAGAGGGGACGAUUCUAGGAGGGUAAUAGCUCCAGAGGGCAUAGCUGUUUCUCUAAGUCUUCUGAAAGCCCCCGUAAUGGGAGAAAACAUUUCAUUCAGCAUCACAAUCACCAACGGAGAGGCUGUUCCAAAAGACCUGAAAAAGCAUGUGAACGCUCAGAGCAAAGAGUACAACGGCAAUCCAAUCUCAGCCUUCUGGGAGGCUCACGAUGAUCUCAAGAUCAAUCCUAAUGAAUCUGUGACUAUAAAACACGAGAUCUUGUUCCGUGAGUAUGCACUGAAGGAGGUGAGAGAGGACUAUCUGAUUAACCUGGCCGUGGUUAUAGAGGAUGUGAAGUCACAGAAGAGAGAACUGGCUACUGAAGAGUUUAACAUCACCAGCCCUAACCUCGAUAUACAGGUUGAAAAUGAGAACUCGGUCAUUGUUAACACGCAGCAAGCUGGAACGGUGAUGUUCAAAAGCCCGUUCAAUGUCCCAGUGAGUGGAGAACUUGUAGUAUUGGGUUCGGGACUCUUGGAGGCGAAGGUUGAAAUGAGUGUUAAGCUCCAGCCUGGAGAAACCAUGAAGAUACCCGUCAAGUUCAUUCCCAAGAUGACAGGCUCAAAGAUGCUUCACGCAAGUUUAACGUUGACGAACCUGCCCACUGUCCUGCGGGGAUUCAAGACCAUCAAUGUUAAAUCAGCUUAAAGACAUGGAACAUGAGUUAAAGCACUGGUUCUCUGCUGGUUUCACUUCAGGAACAAGAUUUUACAAUUUUACUCUUUAUUUCACUACCCUGUUAUUUUAAGUUCCUAUAACUCAACUGGUAGAGCAUGGCACUAGCAAUGCUAAGAGUAUUGCAUCUUUAGCUUAGCAACAUAGUACCAAACUAUUGAAAUCAAUUGUGAUUCUUUCUUUUGUUUUGUGCUGAAUAUUAAGAGCACUAUUUGUGUUGCUGCCUAUGUAGAGUGUUCUUAAU